AUGGGCCUCCUCGACCAGCUCUCGGACGACACGGUCGCCGGCCCGCGGCCGGACCACGGUCUCGGCAGGCUCCGAAAGUACUCCUCCUUUUCGCCCUCCUCGUCAGCCGCGCCGACCACGGACGUCCAGCCGACGGUGACCCGCAGCAUCAGCAUCUCCCGGCCGCCGUCUCUCUCACCCCCGUCCGGCGAGUCGACUUCCUUGCCGUCCUCCCCGGCCAGUGCGCCGGACUCUCCGUUCGCAGCAGGUAGCAGUAGCACGCCGAGGGUGGACGGCUGGAGGGCGUUCCGCCGGAAAUCCAAGAUGGCCAACGUCGACGUCGUCCGGGAGGAGGCGACCGUCGGGCCCAGGAGCCCCAUUGUGUACGACUGGGUGGUGAUUAGUUCAUUGGACCGAUGA